CUCUGCCCAAACAUCGUGUGCAUCGUGCUUCUUGUUUAACCUUCAUCAAAAAAAAAUUUCGCAUUUAUAAAAAUGGCUGCUGUACUCGAUGAUGUCGGCAAGUCCACUGAAAAACAUGUAGAUGAAGAAAUUGACGAUGUUGUUGAUAAUGAAAAUGAUACUGGUGCUGUAGAUGCUGCUAAAAAAAAGAAAAAGAAAAAAAAGAAGAAGAAGAAUGCUGAAGCUGGUGAAGCUACAACUGCUGCUGUAGAUACAGUUGAAGAAAAAAAAACUGAAGAAAAUGGAGUUGAAGAAGCAGCUCCAGCUGAAAAUGGUGAAAAUGGUGAAGAAGUUAAAAAAAAGAAAAAACGUAAACCCCGUGGAAAAGGACCAAAACAACAAACAGAUCCACCAACAAUAAAAAUAUCAGAUUUGUAUACAGAUGGAAAUUUUCCAAUUGGACAAAUAAUGGAUCAUCCAUCAGCUGCUGGUAUUGAUGACAAAACAGCUAGAGAUCGUUUUACAAGUGAAGAAGCACGUGCACUUGAUCGUAUGCAAAAUGAUAUUUAUAAUGAAGCUAGACAAGCUGCUGAAGCUCAUCGUCAAACAAGAAAACAUAUUCAACAAUGGGUAAAACCAGGAAUGACUAUGAUUGAAAUAUGUAAUGAGCUUGAAAAUACAGCAAGAAAAUUAAUUGGUGAAGAUGGAUUAAAAGCUGGUCUUGCAUUUCCAACUGGUUGUUCAAGAAAUCAUUGUGCUGCUCAUUAUACACCAAAUGCUGGUGAUCCAACUGUCCUUCAAUAUGAUGAUGUUACUAAAAUUGAUUUUGGUACACAUAUUAAUGGUCGUAUUAUUGAUUGUGCAUUUACUCUAACAUUUAAUCCAAAAUAUGAUAGACUUAUUGAAGCUGUACGUGAUGCAACAAAUACUGGUAUUAAAGCUGCUGGUAUUGAUGUACAAUUAUGUGAUGUUGGUGCUGCUAUUCAAGAAGUUAUGGAAUCAUAUGAAGUUGAAAUUGAUGGAAAAACUUAUCAAGUUAAAUCAAUUAGAAAUUUAAAUGGUCAUUCAAUUUCACCAUAUCGUAUACAUGCUGGUAAAACAGUACCAAUUGUACGUGGUGGUGAAGCAACAAGAAUGGAAGAAAAUGAAUUUUAUGCUAUUGAAACAUUUGGAUCAACUGGACGUGGUAUUGUUCAUGAUGAUUCUGAUUGUUCACAUUACAUGAAACGAUUUGAUGCUGGAUAUGUUCCAUUAAGACUUCAAAGUUCCAAAUCACUUUUAAAUACAAUCAACAAAAAUUUCAGUACUUUGGCUUUCUGUAAACGUUGGUUAGACCGUGCUGGUUGCACCAAGUAUCAAAUGGCUCUCAAGGAUCUUUGUGACAAGGGUGCCGUUGAGGCUUAUCCACCAUUGGUUGAUGUAAAAGGUUGUUAUACUGCUCAAUUUGAGCACACACUUGUUUUACGUCCAACUUGUAAAGAAGUUAUUUCACGAGGUGAUGAUUAUUAAACUAUAUAAUAAUUAUUACCAAAAAAAUUUUGUAUUUCAUAUUUUUCUGAUUUAAAUAAUGCAAAAAAAAUUCAUUUGCAUACUUUGAUAGAAAAAAAAAAACCAACAAACAAGUUAACAAAAAAGGCUUUUAAAAUUAAUAGCCUUGUUUUUUUUUCUUUUUUUAUCAUGAAUUCUCGUGAAUAAUUUUUUUACAAAAUAAUUAUGUAUUGAGAAUUAUUAUUAAUGUUAAUUCAAUAAUAAAAACAAAAAAUAAUACAAAUCAUGUGGUAAAUUAUUAUUAUUAUUUUUCAUAUUUAUUGUACAAUUAUUAUAUUAUUUAUUUUUUCAAAAUAUUUUGAUUUUUUCUUUUUGUUAUAAUUUUUCUUAAAUAAAACAAUACUUGUUUUAUUUAAAAAUAUAUAUAGUUAGAUUUUUUUUUGAAUUUAAUUUUGCGCUCGUAAUAAAAAACAAAUUAAUCUUAAAAAUAGGAAUUUGACAAUUGGGUAUUUUUAUAUUGAUAAAUAAUAAACAAAUAUUUUCAUUGUUGAAAAAUAACAUGAAUUUAAUAAAUGAUUAAUAAUUUAAAAAAAAAAAAAAAAACGAAGUGAUCUGUCGUUUUCUAUUGCUUAUAAUUAAUUUAUUUUUUUUAUUUUAAAUAGUGCAGGUUUGGUCCCAGUUAUUGGGACAGUUCACUUCGAAUUAUUUCACUCAUAAAAUCGACAAAUAAUUCAUAUAUAAAUACACAUACAAUAUUUUUAAAUUUCAAUAACAACAAAUUCUAUUAAAAUUAAUUUGCAAUAUAUUUACGUAAUUAUAGAACGAAGAAAAAUAAAAUAGUUUGAUAUUAUUUGAGGAAAAUUAAUUUACGAUGUUAAUAUAAUUUUAUAUAAAUGCUGGACAAAGGUCCUUAUCAUGCCCUAGUCAACACCGGUUCAAUGACCGAUCUACAUAUAUUUUCUCUCAAUUUAUUUUAUUACAUUUUUUUUUUUUUAAAUAUUAUUUUCACACAAACAAGUCUCAGUUAAAAAAAAGAAAAACAUUCUCUAAAAAAAUUUCAUUCAUUAACUCAAUUAAUUAAACUUCCAGUUAUCUUUGAUUUUUUUUUAGCACAUUUUUUUUUCUUUCAAUCUUUUCCAUCAUAUAUAUACACAGCCCAUAAGAUAUUAUUGAAAAUUUUAUUAUUUAUUGUGUAUUAAAAAAAAAAAAACAGUGUGAAAAAAUUAACUAUACUAUCUCCAAUUUAUGACUUGGCUCUUAAUUAUUUAUUAACUCUCUCACUCUAUUAUUUAAUCAGCUUUAAUAAUUUUUAAAAAAAAAUUAUAUUAAUUUAAUCAUUGUGAAUCCGUGCGAGUUCUUAACUUGGCACGUGCAGUUACCAAUGGAUUUGGUGGUUCAAUAUUAAUU